AUGGCGGAGGGUGACGCCGCCCAGAAGAACGCAGUGGUGCUGCAGCACCAGCUGGUCUUCGCCUGCUGCUGCCUGCUGCUGGCCAGCCAGCAGCCGUCUGCGUGGGAGGCUGCAGAUCGGCAGCUGCUGGCCACCUCUCUGGCCGCCUGCGCCGUGGCGGCGGCGGCAUGCAUCGCCUGGCACGCCCUGACAUGCGCCGAGCACGGCCCAAGCUACGCCUAUCUGCGGUGCAUGGAAGUGGUGUCGCUGGCGCUGCGCAUGGGCGUGGCGCUGGCAUGGCCGCCGCUGCUGAGCCUGCUGGUUGUCAGCUCCGCCGCUGUCCUCGCCUUACAGCAGCUGCGCCCCAUGCGCCUCAGCUGGAGCAUCCCCACGCAGUACUUGCUGCUGCUGCACGUCAACCGCAGCAGCAGCAUUCAGGGCCUGUGCCGCGCGGGCUGGUUGGCGCAGGCAGACACGCGCUGGCUGACGGGCUGUCUGUACCGCGGCCUCAGCUGGCUCAGCCUGCUGACGGCCAUGCCGCUGCGGACCGGGCAGCAGCAGCUGGAUGCGGCCUGCCAGUGCGCCGCGCUGCUGCGCUUCCUGCGUGUGGGCCUGGGCCUGCUGGCGCCGCUGGCCUGGCAGGCCGCCAGCGAGGCCAGCCUGUUUGCCGCACACCAGCGCCGCCUGCGGGCGGCCGGCCUGCCACUUGAGCGGGGGUGGAAUGCCCGCCUCUACUCCGCGGUACAUGGGCUGUGCCGGGAACCCCACAUCCCAUACCUGUGGGUGCUGGCCGCAAUGAUGCUUGGGUCGUGUUGGGACUUGGCGGUGAUGCUCAGCACCCCGCCAGCCGCCAUCGCAUGA